GUCGUUGCUCUGCUGCUGAAUAGAUUGACUGUUUUGCAGCAGUUUCAUAAGCGCUGCAGCUCAGACGCCCGCCGUUUACGCACCGCUUGCUCGGAAGUGUCAGCGGAGGAUUUCUAGUUUCUGUUCCUCAACCAAAACUCACACACCCCGUCUUGGGCCUGACGCAGUAGUCAUCCGGACAUGGCACCGACUUUUGCGCUGUUUAUGAGUUGUUUGUUGUUACUUCUCUUGUCCGGUGCGGAGGCGGGUCGCGGGAGGGAGAGAGUUUACUAUGUGGGAAUAAUUGAGGACUUGUGGAAUUAUGCACCCAGUGGAAAAAACCUCCUUAACGGGAAAAACGUCGGAGAUGAUGAGCAUGCAUCUAUAUUCCUGAAAAACGGAACCAAUCGUAUUGGCAGUGUUUAUAAGAAGGCCAUGUUUCGACAGUACACAGACGCCACAUACAGCCACCAGGCCCCUCGUCCCACCUGGUUGGGCUUUCUGGGGCCCAUACUGCGAGCAGAGGUUGAUGACAUUAUUGUGGUUCACCUAAAGAAUUUUGCGACCAGGAACUACUCCAUGCAUCCCCAUGGAGUUUUCUACGACAAGAGUUCAGAGGGGGCACUCUAUCCAGAUGGGACGUCGAACAAGAUGAAGAUGGACGACUCUGUUCCCCCAGGAGGCAGCUACACCUACCGCUGGGAGGUCAGACCUGAAUUUGCCCCUACAGAUGACGAUGCCAACUGCCUGACCUGGGUCUACCACUCUCACUUAGAUGCCCCCAGGGAAAUUGCAUCAGGACUUAUUGGAGCUCUGCUUACUUGUAAGAAAGGAACCUUGAAGGAGCCUAACGAUCUAGUCCAGGGUCAGACACAGCCAGGAUCUGUGGUAGAGUCCGCCCGAAAUGAUGUGGACCAGGAUGUGUUCCUGAUGUUCACCGUGGUGGAUGAAAACCUCAGUUGGUACCUGGAGGAUAACAUUCAGAGAUGCUCUUGUCCAGCUGAAAUCUUCGAAGAAGACCCAGACUUUGAGGAGUCAAACCUGAUGCACUCUAUUAAUGGGUACAUGUUUGGUAAUCUGCCCGGAAUCGACUUAUGCCAGCACCGUGCAGUAGCCUGGCAUUUGUUUGGCAUGGGUAACGAGGUGGACAUUCAUUCUGCCUUUUUCCAUGGGAAUACACUGCUGGACCGUGGCCACCGCACCGACGUUCUCAGCCUGUUCCCUGCCACAUUUGCUACAGCUACAAUGGUCCCAAAAGCAAUAGGAAAGUGGCUGCUGACCUGCCAGGUUAAUGACCAUUUGCAGGCUGGAAUGCAGGCCUUUUAUGAAGUGAAUUCGUGCGGCAGUGAGGUCGGCUCCACAGAGAUGGGCGGUGUUGUGAGGAAUUACUUCCUGGCAGCGGAGAAAGUCCUGUGGAACUAUGCUCCCUCAGGAAAGGAUCUGAUUAACAAUGUAUCCCUUACUGAGGCUGACAGUGCAUCAGAGACAUUUUUUCUUAGAGAUGACAAUAGGAUCGGCGGUAGCUACUAUAAGGUGAUCUACAAAGAGUACACAGACAGUACCUUCACCACAGUAAAAACUCGGCCACCUGAUUCUCAACACUUAGGACUCUUAGGUCCAGUCUUGAGGGCAGAGGAAGGAGAUACUCUUAGUGUGACAUUCAUGAAUAGAGCUGAUCGAAACUACAGCAUCCAUCCACAUGGCCUGCACUAUGACAAACGUUUCCAGGGAAGCAGUUAUGACGACGGUGUUGACAAGCCAGGCUCGAGCAUUGGUCCAGGGGAGAACUUUACAUACAUCUGGCAGGUGCUAGAAGGUCCAUCUUCGUCUGAUUCUCCCUGUAUCCCUUACCUAUACUACUCUGCCACCGAUCCUGUCUCAGAUACCAACUCUGGAUUGGUGGGACCUCUACUCGUGUGCAAGAAAGGAGCGCUCGGGGAGAACGGAACCCAGAAAGGGGUGGAUAAGGAGUUCUUCCUUCUGUUUGCGGUCAUGGACGAAAACAUGAGCUGGUAUUUGCAUGAGAAUAUUGAGGACGCCGAGCUUGAUGAUGAGAACUUCGUGGAGAGCAAUAAGAUGCAUGCUGUAAAUGGACUUAUGUAUGGGAACCUUCCCGGACUGGAGAUGUGUGCUGGGGACAAAGUUAGGUGGUACACCUUUGGUCUAGGUACGGAGGUGGACAUCCAUGGUGUUUAUUUUGAAGGGAAUACCUUCAAGAGGCACAACACAACACGAGACACUAUCAACCUGUUCCCUCACACCACUGCUACUGUUGCCAUGCAGCCAAACACUCCUGGUGUGUAUGAGGUGAGCUGCAGAGUAACAGAUCACUACUCAGCUGGUAUGAGGCAGCAGUACAGAGUGAACCUCUGUCCACAACACAAAGUGAAGCACUCACGCACAGAGCCAACCAGGAUUGUGCAGUAUUUUAUUAGUGCUGAAGAAAUCGAGUGGGACUACUCACCUAGCAGAAACUGGGAGCAGGAGAAACACAGCACUGGAUCGGAGGACAGUCCAGGUAGUAUAUUUGUGGAGAAAGGGCAAAACAGAAUUGGCUCGCGAUAUAAGAAGGUGGUGUACAGAGAAUACACUGAUGACACCUUCGAGGUUCAGAAGAAACGGCAGCCCAACCAAGAGCACCUGGGAAUUAUUGGUCCAAUAAUCAAAGGAGAGGUAGGAGAGCAGAUUGUGAUCACACUCAAGAACAAAGCCAGCCGGCCGUACUCUAUCACUGCCCAUGGAGUUAAGGCCAGCGGUGCGCACAUUCCAGUCAAACCUGGCUUCAUAAUAGAGUUGACGUGGGAUAUUCCUGAAAGCUCCGGCCCAGGGGUCUCAGAUCCUAACUGCAUCUCUUACGCCUACUACUCCAGUGUUGAUUUCAUUAGGGAUCUGCACAGUGGCCUCCUGGGGCCUCUUGUUAUAUGCAGGCCUGGUACUCUGCGGGGGCCCGACAGACAGAGGGUUGAUGUGGAGAAGGAGUUUGCCUUGCUCUUCAUGGUACAUGAUGAAAACCAGUCCUGGUACAUGGACGACAACAUCAAAAAAUAUCUUGGUGUCGACCCCGGUAAUUUCGAGCCUGGUGAAGACUUUGAGGAAAGCAAUCUGAUGCACGGGAUCAAUGGUAAGCUGUAUGGUAACCUCCAUGGGCUGGUGAUGACACAGGGACAGAAAGUUGACUGGUAUCUACUGGGAAUGGGCAACGAAGUGGACAUGCAUACUGUUCACUUCCACGCUGAGACUUUUACCUACAAGACUGACCGAGUGCACCGUGCAGAUGUCUUUGAUCUCUUCCCCGGCACUUUCCAAACAGUGGAAAUGACGGCCGGAAACCCUGGAACUUGGUUGCUCCAUUGUCAUGUGACUGACCACAUCCACGCUGGCAUGGAGACCACUUUCACAAUUGAAGAGACCUCACCAAUGGCAGCCUUGCCAGCUGCGGCACCAGGAACUGAAGUCUCCACAAAGAUGCUGCUUCUCACGCUGGCACUCGGUCUUAUAACUGGACUGCAUUAAUGGAAGGACACUGGACUGUGUGUGGGUUACCACAGCACUGGUCAUGAAUGCACUUAAAAUGCAGGGAUAAAAUCACUGUUGUGUAUGUAUUUGCAGGAGGUUAUGUAUGUGUAUGCAUAUGUUAUGCAUUGAUCAGAAGAGUCAAAGCAUACCAACGACUGUAGAAUCUGAAUUAUUUUCUUGUUAGUACUAAAAGAAACUUUUAUAUUUUGUGGGAUGUGUCUGUUUUCUAACAUGUUGCAAUGUGUUUGAUAUUGUUUUGCAAAAAAGUGCUUUACCAAAUAUUUGGCUCUGGAUAUUAUUGUGCAAUAAAAACAUGUAUUCCACUGUGCUGAGA